GACUUAUAGGAAUACAGAAAACCUAGCUGUAAACGGAAAUAAACAAAGCCAUGGAGUUUGUCCUGGACCCGAGCCAUCUGCUUGCAUCGCGAAAACCACGUGUCGCGCGACACAAUGCCAGUAAAGUUUGCCAUCGCCACAAAACAGCAAAGCAAAACACAUGUUGGUAAAACAAACAACAACGGGGACAACGGCUCGCCGGUCAACACCCUCGCUCGAGUAGUCCUCCUCUUCUUCCAGCUUGGCGAGGUGGCGGAGAAGUACGUCUCCACUGGGUGCAUGUCCGCGGCAGAAGCAGUUGUUUCGCCACGCUUCAAUCCUUCCAUUGCCUUCAUCAGGGCAGUCCAAAAGUGGAACGACAGCGCCAGCAGGCAUCAGCAGGACGAUGUCAGUGGGACCAUCAGCACCCUGAAUCUCUUUGGAGAUGCUGUGCUGUACAAAUAUCAACAGCAGAUAGCAGCACCGCUGCUGAAAUUGUACGGGGGCCGGAUUGUACUCAUGGAUGUGAUGUACGGCCUCACGAGCUACAACUACCCGGUCAUUUCUUUGCUCGUGGUGGACCAGCACGACAAUGGCAUCCCCGUCGCGUUCGGGCCGGCGGAGACACGCAUCGGCGCGGGGGGGGCUGGCAUGGCGGCAGUUCAACUGGAAGAAGAGGAGGACUACAGUGUUAUUGUGGAGUAG